AUGCCGGCCGUAUCGAAUCCACUCCUGGAAGCCAUACGCCUUGGCUAUCGUGAAGUGCUUAAGAGACUGCUCAAAUGGCAAUGGAAAUUCAAUAGUGGUAACUGCUCUUAUGUUGACGCCAUGCAACUCAUUAUGAACACCAAGACCUACCAAAACAACGAUGAGGCGAUGUGUGGAGGAAUGCUGCGUGUACUCUUUGACUGGACUGAUACCUGGCGUAACAUCGCCGAGAUGAAAGGGUUUUUGAUACAGGUAGGCCAGAACAAUCAACAGAGCUUUCUCGAGAUUGCCAUCAGCGCCCUCAGGUCACAACAUUAUUUUAGGCAUGAGAGGGGCACAGAAGGCAGUUUUUCAGCUUCACAACCCUUGCUCGCUCUAACAGAGCAUGGCAACUUGGAGAUGCUUAAACUUUUUCUGGACAAUCGAAAGCUUCUGCUGCCCCACACGGACACAGCUCAAGACAUGAGGAUGCGUGGACUAGUGAUUUGUGACGAGCUUGAUCGUCGAUCAGAGGCUAGAGUGCCAAUUUUGAAGCUCAUAAUGCACUACUCUCAGGAUCUGGUCGACUCGAAACGUGAGCUACAGCAGAUGCUCAUGCCGCAUUAUGGCACGAGACUUGACAAAUGGGCGUGGCUUGCCAUGACAGUUGGCCUGGAUUCUGUCUGCGAGGACUACGAGAAUCAGACGCUUGGAUCUCUACUUUUGGGGAAAGCUGUUGAAGGGCUUAAGGUGGAGACCGUGCGGUUCCUGGUAAACAACAAUGUGCAGCUGGAAAGUGAGGCACGCACCUUUCAAGUUUACGAAGACGACGUUUGGGAAAUGGCGAGGCUUAAGAAAGUCAAAGAAUUGCUCCAACGAGGUGGACAAGGUGAUUAUACAAGACGAAGAGUGCUAGAAACCACUUUCACGCUCACCAAAGCUGGACCCAAACGAAAACGAGACGACACAUCCUUGAAGAACAACGGAAGUGUGAGAAUAAGAACGACUGGCAUUUCAGGCAAAGCAGUUACUUCACCACUGUCUUCAAGAUUCCCUAGGAGGAACUCAGUCGUUUCAAGGAAGAGCAAUGGUCGAAAGUCAAGACAGAUAGUAUCUAUCGCGUCCGUGUCAGCUUCCACUUCAGAUGUUGGAGAGUAA